UCUCUUGCGCGUAGUGGCUCGUGCUGCUCUCCUGCACCGGUGAUCUCGCCGUCGCACCUUCUCGUGUGCUGCAGGGGCGUUCGCACCAAGGGAAGGCGACCCAGUGCAGCUGCCGCGUGGUGCGCACCCCUGGCGAGCAUGCGCCGAGCCGCGCCGAGCGGUCGGAUGGCACCGGACGCAGCAGCAGCCACAGGUGAGCCGUCUGCGAUGCUUCACGUCGUGCACGGGGCAGACAGCUGCAGCACGGUCGAAGGCGCGACUGUGGAAGCGCUCGGCCUCCAGCCAAGCGCACCGGCAGCAAGUGCCGCCGUCCUCAGGGCAGCGGCCGCAGCAGCAGAGUCGGCCGCAGCAGCAUUGCUCAGCGCAGCGGCGGCGCACAGCACAGCUGCAGGACACAGCUUCCAGCCAAGCUCUCGCAGCGAGCGUCGCAUUGCUCUGUGCAGCCGCCGCAGCUGCAGCAUUGCGCAACGCAGCGGCGGCGCACAGCACAGCGACAGGACGUCAGUAGCGCACAGCACAGCGACCAGACGUCGAUUCGCUUCGGCAGCGGCCAGACUUUGAGUCGCUCCGGCAGCGGCAGCGCACAGCUCAGCACAGCACAGCGGCAGAACGUCGAGUCUUGCACAGCGGAGCGGCGGCGCACGGCAUAGCGGACGGACGUCCAG